CGGACGCUGUAGUCCACCAAAAAUCGCUCUGGGCUCGGAUUAACGAACACGUUUGUUAGAGUUUUCGGGUUUUCCUAACAGAGUCUCAUCGUUCGCUCUGCUGUGCAGCGGAAAACGCGACGGUUCAGCAGGUUGGAUACGAAAGAAAAGCCCGGUUUUUUGGUCCGCUGUCCCCGGCGUCGCGCUUCCUGGUGUUUGGGCUGUGUUUUUUUGAGGAUCACUGAGGAAUCAAUGAGCGGACGAAGCGAGACCCUCAGCUCCCAAACCGCGAGGUUUCUCCACGCAUCUGAGGACAAAUUCACAGCUGACAGCCGCGGAUGUUUCCCUCAGCGCCCCGGUUGUUAGCCGUUGGCGUUAAUGGAGUUGGGGUUCGAGCAGUUCGAGGAGACACUCGUCCCGAAUAGCUUCGCUGUGGCUUGUAACUGAUGUAGCGGAGUUGUGUGCGACCUUAACGAAGCAGCCCCGCUGCGUUUAUUCUCUGAACCCGCUUCCUCCGUCUUAUUAGUCACCGCUGACACGCUCCAGCGCUGCGGCUGUGCGUGUUAUCUGCUUUCUGCGAGCCUAGCCGAGGAGAUAACGUUAACAUUAACGUUAAUGAGCCAUGUUAGCUCAAUAAUUACAGCCAGAGCUAUGUUUUUGCUCGUGACUCACCCGAGAGGCAACGUUAGAUAGCCAGAACCGGUAAUUACCGAACGCCGCGACCUCACCGAAGACUUCCAGCCGUCAGCAGCGGCGGAGCUACCGGGGCUGCUAGCUGAAUUAACGCUAGCUAGGUUAGGUUAUCUUCAUUUAUUCAGGCGCACGAACACACUCGGGUGUUUUUUUUGCACUUUAUUUUACCACCAUGCUCCACCGGUGGUGGGAACGAUCGCAUAUCUAACUUAUUUCAGCUGUAAGUGAGCUCUCUGCGAGGUUUUUUAACUGCACUCUUAGCUAACGAGCCGCUGUCAAGCUGGUUCUCCCUUACGACCGUUGUUGACUGGAGCCGUUAAAGCCGGUAGACGUUACUCGGACUCACAACAGGCUAUAAUUCAUGUUAUAUAACUUGACCCCUGACGUUUACUCGUUGUUGUGAAAGUGACCAUGAAGAAGUUUUUCGAUUCCCGGAGGGAAAUGGCGGGUUCUGGGCCCGGUUCGGCAGCGGGAGGAGGCGGCGCGGGAUCCGGCAGCGGAGGCACCUUCGUCGGCCGUGUUUUCACCAUCGGCCGCUAUCAGGUGACCGUGGAGGAGACGAUAGCUGAAGGUGGUUUCGCCAUCGUGUUUCUGGUGCGCACCCAUCAGGGCGUCCGCUGUGCUCUGAAAAGGAUGUACGUGAAUAACGAACACGACCUUCAAGUCUGCAAGAGAGAGAUUCAGAUCAUGAGGGAUCUGGUGGGAAACAAAAACAUUGUGGGCUACCUGGACUCCAGUAUCACAGCCGUGGGUUCAGGAGACGUUUGGGAAGUCCUUAUAUUAAUGGACUUCUGUAGAGGUGGUCAGGUGGUGAAUCUGAUGAACCAGAGGCUGCAGACUGGUUUCAGUGAGCCGGAGGUGCUGCAGAUAUUCUGUGAUACUUGUGAAGCUGUGGCUCGACUGCAUCAGUGCAAAACUCCCAUCAUCCACAGAGACCUCAAAGUGGAGAACAUCCUGCUGCAUGACCGAGGUCACUAUGUCCUCUGUGAUUUCGGCAGUGCCACCAACAGAUUCCAGAACCCCCAGGCAGAGGGUGUCGCCACAGUGGAGGAGGAAAUUAAAAAGUACACAACUCUCUCAUACAGAGCUCCAGAGAUGGUCAAUCUGUACAGUGGCAAAAUGAUCACCACUAAAGCAGACAUCUGGGCCCUGGGCUGCUUGCUGUAUAAGUUGUGUUUUUUCACACUGCCGUUCGGAGAGAGUCAGGUGGCCAUCUGUGACGGUAGCUUCACCAUCCCUGACAACUCUCGUUACUCCCACGACAUGCACUGCCUCAUACGUUACAUGCUGGAGCCAGACCCCGAUAUAAGGCCAGAUAUCUACCUGGUUUCUUAUUUCGCCUUCAAGCUGGCGCGCAAAGACUGCCCGGUGCAGAAUGUCCAUAAUUCACCAAUCCCUGCAAAACUUCCUGAGCCGAUCAGAGCAAGUGAGGCGGUGGCUAAGAAGAGUCAGACUAAAGCCAGACUUACUGAUCCAAUCCCCACAACUGAAACCUCCAUAGCACCACGACAACGACCCAAAGCUGGCCAGGCUCAGCCAAUCACAGGCAUUCUGCCCAUACAGCCUGCCCUCACCCCUCGGAAGAGAGCGAAUGCCCCAGCAGGACCGGCUCAGCCUAUCAGUGUGAGCUUAGCGUCUCAGCCGCAGAAGCCCCAAGCUCAGCAUCCUGUUCCCGUAGCGCAGCAGCAAGCUCCUCCCACACCACUCCAAGCCACUCCCUCCCCACCUCAGGCCGUGCCCCAACACGGACAACUUUUUGUGCAGCAGCAAGCUGCAGGUUUCUUUCCUCCUCAGCAACAGCUGCCACACCAAGUCCAGAAUCUCUACUCACCCCAUCGUCAAAACACCAGCUUCCCUGUGCAGACCACUCCAUCUGCGCAGACAAAAGUUAAAGCCAUGGCCCCUCCUCCACCCACUCAGAACCCGCAACCCAGCAGCCUGGCUGCAACCAUUCCUGCCCAAGCCCCAGCUCCAGUGAGGGCUGGAACUAAACCCAUGGCCCCUGCCCCUCCUGCACAGCAGCCUCAGACAAACCCUCCACCUUUACGCGUAAAAACUAAAGCAAUGGCCCCUCCCCCACCCACACAGCAGCAGCCAGCAGCUCCUUUCACUGCUGCUACCCCUCUUUCCCAUAAAGCUACCCCACCUCCAGUCCUAGAGGAGGCGCUAGAUCGUGACGAGGCUUCUGAAGAGAUGGCAAUUCAUUCCUUUGCUGGUGGGCGCCCAGGCCAUAAAGUGGGCUCUCUGACUCCACCCUCGUCUCCUAAGACGGCCCCAAGGGGAGGUCACCGGCGCAUUCUGAGUGAUGUCACCCACAGCACCAUAUUUGGAGUCCCUGUUAGCAAGUCCACUCAGCUACUGCAGGCUGCAGCAGCUGAAGCCAGCCUCAACAAGUCCAAAUCAGCCAGUACUACUCCUUCUGGAUCUCCAUGCUCAUCCCAGCAAAGUGUGUACCCGGCAGGCGAAGGCAGUGCCCAGUCGGCUGUUCCUAAAGCAGGCACUGGGGCUCAGCCUUCCUGGAAUCCGUUUGGUGAUGACAACUUCUCCAAACUCACGGCUGAGGAGCUACUUAACAAGGACUUUGCCAAACUCGAUGCUAAAGCACCAGAGAAGUCGUCUACAGAGAGCCUGAUUUCAGGUUUACAGCCUGUGGCUCCGAAUAAAGGCUUUCCCCAGGGAACAGAGAAAUUGAUAGAGGGUUUGAAGUCUCCAGAACCUUCCUCCUCCUCCUCCUCCUUGCUUAUCCCUGAUAUCCCUCUGAAUGACCCCUUCAGUCCUGCCGACACCAGCCAUGCUGGGAUGGAUUCUCUGAUUCCUGGGCUGGAGCCUCUACAGGCUGAUACGGGGUCAGCUUCAUUAUCAGACUCUCUGGGUGUAGGGGAUUCGUUGCUUGGCCCCCUGCUCUCUCCCCCCUCCUCUGGGGCUCAGAUGCUGGCCUCUCCCCUCUCCUCCACACCCGCUCCAUCUCUGGACCAGCUCACCCCCGCUUCGCUGGCCAGCGCACAGCCCCACCCGGCCCUGGACUCUGCUCCGGAUCAAAGCCCCGAAAGUCAGUUCGACCCUAUUCCAGUCCUCAUCUCCAAAACCCCCAACCAAGGUGGUAGCAACAGUGGCAGCUCAGAGACCAGUCUUCCCAAUCUGGCCUGCUCCCUGAUGCUGGUGGACCAGCUCAUCGACUUGUAGAAGACACAGAGAGGGGGAGGGGAGGGAGAGAGAGAGAGACAGUGAAACAUGCAGGGGAAAUGUGCAAUUCUUAACCGUAGCUAGAGUUUAAAUCACAGAUCAAGCACUAUGGUUUGGAAAAAACCUAAUCGCAUCCCAGAAGGCUGUGUCCUGAAGUUUAUAUUGACUUGAAAAACCCUCCCCCUCCCAUGUCGUUCUGUCUGUCUGUCUAUCUGACCCAGUGUGCCAUUCUUUUUCUGUUGCUCCACAUCAUUUCCAUGCCACUUUUCCCAUGCUUUAUCCACGUCUGAUCCCACAUGACAACAUUUUAAGAUCUUAAAUGAACACACUGCACUUUAAAACGACAGUUUGACUGAAAAAACACACAACAGUUUUUUCCUUUAUCCCAAAUGUUGGUCAGUCAGCCAAGACGUGUUUAGGGUCAGGAGUUUGCUUUAUUGUCUUUACAGUGGAGUUAUGAGGCUAUUAUUGCUAACAAAAAAUGGAAGCUUAUAGCUGCAAAUUGACGUUAUACAAGCACACAGCGAAAUCAUCGCACACUUGCCUUGAACAGUGCUGAGCUGUUAAAGGGGAAUUCCACUGAUUUUGAGAUGCCCAAGCCAAUUAUAGUGGUUUGAGUGCAUUGUAGAUAAAGAGUGAUACUUCGAUUUCUUUACAGUGGUGGUUAUAAGAACUAGGGACUAUGAUGUCUUUGACACAAAUAUAGCCAUUUCAUUUACUAUUCAAACUGACCAGUGAACCUAAACAUGUCUUCUUGGUUGGUAUUGAUUAAAUAGGGGUAAAUCUGCAAAAAAAAGUUUUGUUUGGAAACUAAUUUGCCACACAGCAACUUGCUUGUACCUCUCUGCCAUAAAUGUGUUUUAAAAAACACAUUCUAGGACAAAAUCAGAUCUCAAAGGUAUUCUACAGCAGGCAGUGUAUUUAUAACCAUUUUAUGUAAUAACAUUCUGAGGGGUGGCUGUUGGAGGCAUUAAAUGCUUUGGACGUCUGGUUCCUAUCACAAUUGCUGUGAAAAUUGAGUUGGCAAGGCUCUCUAGAACAGCAUUUCACAUCAGGCUACUUUGUUACACUAUUAUAAGCAAUUGGAUUAUUGAACAGUAAUGAAAAAUCAGUGGUUUCCCAUUGAAGUCAUCUCUAAUAGAUUUUUCUAAAAGUAUCUAAAAGUUGAUUUGAUGUGUUUUUGUUGUGUUAAUUAAGUGUAAAAAAACAAAAUAUGGUGUGUAGCUAGACACAAUAGUAGCAUGUUGUGGCUUGAGUUUCGUCCAUAAUUUUGUCCUUUUUCCUGUUUUGUCCAAACUUUGAACAUCUAACAUGAAUUGCCUGAUCAACCACAUUUGGGGUUAAUUUGACUUUUUGUUCGCACUAUCGCUUUAAGCGGAGCUGGUGUUCCUUUCGAAGCAGAAGCAUUGACCUGUCCAAAGAUUCAUGCCAGCCUUCUUAUCUUAUUGCAUGACACUGACUGAAUUAAAUAGCACAUCCCAUCCUGCCCAAGAUGGUAGGAGGGCAGGAAUUAGAGCAUAAAGGGGAUCUCCCUCUGCUGAGCUUUACUAGACGUGUCCAGUUGAUGAUGCACGUAUCAUAUCGCAGUACUACAAACCUUGGGCCUUGAUGCUACUCCUGAUGGCAUAUACUCCUGCCUGCUGUGCUUAGACUGACCGUAGGCCCAGCCAGUACUCUUUCUAGCUAUGGUAUAUGCCAAGCUCUGCAUGUGCAAUAUUGAGAUAUAUCAGACAUAUCAGCAGUAUUACAGGUAUAUCCCUUCACUCAGUGUGUUUACGCCGCCGUGUAUGCGCUUCCGUGAUCACUAAGACCUUUGAUCAGAAAUUAGAAAUUUAGCUUUAUUUACAUUCUCAGGUCAGAUCCUGGAUAUAUGCUCACAUUUUUAUUUAUUCACUCGUUUGUUCUGCCUCUUCACUCAUCCCUUCAUUUAUUCAUUCAUUCCUUUGCUUGUGUUCCUCCUUAUGCUUUUUAUCUUCAUCCUUUCAACCAAAUCCUCCAUGGUUUGCUUAAUGUGCCCUAGUAGUCAUUAACAAGGUUUAUUUCAUCGUGGAGAUGAAUCAUGUUCAUAUCUUGUCGGUUUUAAAGAGCAACAUCAAUGUAAUUGCGGAAAAAUGUAAAAACAAAAAUAAAUUAAAAAACAGUUAAAACCUGUGGUUUUAGUUCAAACCAGAGUUGUGGCUCAAAAACCUGAUAUUUUCAUUAUAUAACGUUAGCUGACUUGCUUACACUGGACAUAAAGGCUGUCAUGCAACCAAGCUGAGCUAAGACGCUAUGACAGUGGAUGGUGAAAUUCGCAGUUCUGUUCUUUAUUACUAGCCCAGUUACACUUUUGUAGCCAAAUUAAUGAUGACAGUAUCCUCCAAAGUGCAGUCGCAGUCAGGAGGAGGUCUCAGAACAUGUGACAUGGUGAUUAGGAGUUUUUGCUUUAAAGUAUCAUUUUAAUUUAAAGCAUUUGUUAGUAUUAGUGGUGGAGAUUGUCGUCUGUACGCAGAUCUGUUGAUGCUUUUGGACACAUCAUCGGUCAUGUUCUUGGAAGCAUCAGCAUAUGUUCUUAAGCUGGGUAUGCGUUAUGUAAAUUUUCUUUACCCCGAUUUAAGCCCUGAUUCUCAGUCUGACUGAGUCUGUGCCUUGGUGGCUCUACAGAUUUUGGGUCAGUCUGGAGUCGACAGUUUGGAGACAAAAUCGGGUGAUUUGCAUUUUUCAACCUGGCUCUGAGCACAAUCUGGUAGUGUAUGCUGGUCAGCGACUCAAUCUGAAUGGCCUGCUCCAACAGCCAAUUAACCUGAGAAUGUGAAGGAAGAAAAUACAGCAAGUGAAAAACAAAACACUCCAAGAAAACACUCAUGUGUGGAGCAAAGCUUUUUAAUAAGCUGAGCUUAGGGCACAAUGUACAUUUGUUUAUGUUGUUUAUGUACAUCUAAUAUGACCACACUAAUCAUUAAGUGACCCUCACUUGAUUAUGUUUACCUGUUGCUUCUUGACUGUUGGCUUAAGAUAAGCAUAAGAUGCGAAUUACUGCUUAGUCUUUGUUACAAAAGAGUAAAGCUUGGGAAAACUAUAUAUCCAAAGCUCCACACCUAGAACCCAGUGCUUUUUCACAAUGUUAUCUGAAGGAAAGGAUUCCUUUCCACACACUGACCCAGCCAUCCUCCUCACUGAGUAAUUUACUAAAAUGCGUUGACCUUUUUAGUGUGUGUUUCAGAGCAGCUCCUGUGCUGUACUAACCUUGUGGAGGAAACUCUUCUCUAAUACAAAAAUAAAGACUUGCCAUUGUGAUUUUGUUGAUCUGCUGAAUUGUGCUGCCAAAUAUUAAAUCUGCUGUAAAAUUCUUUAAUUAGAAAAAAAAAAACAAGCUGCUGUUCCCUCCUGAAGCAGUUAUGAGAUGGAGGCAGUGUCGAUUGAACACAUGGCAGUACUUGGAUACGUAUCACUAAACAUACAGUUUUGAUAUGAUUAAACUUUUCGUGCCUCCAUGGUACACCAGCCUCUUAUUGCAAAUCGCUGCUGUCAGGCCAAAACCUUGCAUCUCCAUUUUUGUUGUUUUUCAGUUUUACAUAAUUUUGAAAAUGCCUGUUGUCCUUUACAUUGUAUGUACAUUUCAGCCCAAAAUUGCUUGAAAAAAAUUCUGGUUCCAUUGACUUACAUUAAAGUAUGUUUUUUCCUUCUCCUGUAAAGUUACCAUUUGAUAUGAGAUUUGGUUCCGACAGCAGUGAAGUGUUUCUCGUCAUCCACAAUUUGAAGCACUCCCACACAUUAGCAGCAUCUUUCUGAGGCCUUUUUUGUCUUUUAUCUGAAGUGCCCAUAUUAGAAGUGAGGCAAGGUUAUGUGGAUGGCUGGCCUGAAUUUAUGAUGCAUUCUAAACUGAGCCAACUCUAUUUUUUUAAUUUUCAAUAUGCUAACAGUCAGAGCUCUACCUGAAGACCCACACUGAUGAAAUUAAAUUUCGAUUAUGAUGUUUAUGGAAAGGUGUAGAUUCUGAAUGCUAAAAAGAGAAACCGUUUUCACCAUAACAGACAAAUACUCAUGUAUUCUAAUGAGGCCAGCUCUGACUUAAUGCCAGCUUUGCUCUGUUAAUGCUCUGUUUGUUUGGACAGUGUCUUUUCGUGGUUGAUGCAGCCUUGAGAACUCUGUCCCAACCUCCACCCCCAAAACCCAGUUAAACUGUUUACUACCGUUCCUUUCCACAAUGUCAUCUCAGUAAAAGGAUUGCUUUGCCCGCACAGACCUGGUCAUCCACCUUGCUAAGUAAUUCCACCAAAAUGUGUUGAUCUUUGUGAGCGUUUCUUUCAGAGCAGCUUCUGCGCUGUACUAACGUUGGCGAGGAGACUCUUCUCUAAUACCGCAAUUAAGGCUUGGAAUUGUGAUUUUUUUGUUGUUGCUGUUGCAGAGCUGUCGAAUUGUGCUGCCAAAUUUGAAACCUACCCUGACCAUUAGCACCAGUAACCCAGAAUCCUAAAGGAGAGCGCAGAAAGGAGGCAGGUCAAAAGGUCAUUGAUGUUGCUCUUUAUACGUAUAGUUAGAAAGAAUAUUGGUCAUUUAAACAAAUGCAAAGUAUCUUGUGUUCGCAUUAAAUGUAGCUGUUGAUAGUGCUAUGGAUGAAUGUUUGAAGUGUCUAUAUGAAAUCUGUUCUGAUGACUCUUCUUUUUAUAGUUUAUGAAAGACUUUAUUUUUGAGUUUUUGUAGUGUUUGAAAGUGUUUAGCUCUGCUAUCUGUUCUUCUCUUUCCCUCUCUCUCCUCCGUAUUUAAGAAUGAGCCAUUUUACCUUUGCUUUGCUGUGGAUAAAUGUCCUAUUAAUGAAGGAAGAUUACUGCGUGUUGGUUUUUGACUGGCUUUAUCAGAGCUCAUGAGAUUUGCUUUCUGAAUUUGAGUACUGUGAUUGGAAAAAAGCUUUAACUUUCAAUCCAUUGUCUUUCUGCUGUGUAAACUUAGAUUUUUCAUCCUUCGUUUGUCUGUUUUUUUUGUUUGUUUUUUCCUCUCAAAAAAAAAAAAAGGACUGAUACUGUCUUGCGAGAGGGAGAGAAAGAGAGAGUGUUUCUCCAGACUUCAUUUCCUUUUCUUUGUUGUACUGGGCUUAUGAUGGAAUUGACUUCCUGAGGUCGUUGCUCCCUUUCGUCUUCUUCGUCUUUUUUUUUUCUUUCUUUUUUUCCUGAGAUUUCAUGGUCUUUGAACAUUUAACAUCCACGUCAGUUCCUUUUUGUGCUGUUUUCUUCCCUCACAGAGCAGCAGGAAAUUGCACUGCCUCUCAAAUGUUUGGGGACGCUUCACAUUGUUGUUUUUCUUUCAAUGUUUUUAGAUAAAUAAUUGCAAGAGUUUAACAUGUUGAAAAGAAAGAUGUUUAGCUUGCAAUGUUGCAAAAACUGGAGGAGCUGACAAAAGCCUUUCUUUGGGAACAAAGCCAAACCCACACAUUUUAUUCCCUUGUUAUGAUGUGAGCACUCAUCAGCCUCUUAAAUAGCCAUUGGGCCGAAACAAUUAGGGCAGUUAAAUGCAGGGAAAAGAAACUUGAGCCAGCUUAAUGAUUACUUUGCAAUUUCAAUGAUAAGCAGAGGAUCUUCUAAUCAUUAGAAAGGCGUGUUUAUAAUAGCACCAGAAGGGGGAGCCUAAUUGCUUUUCUUACGCAUCACUGAAAGAGAGGAAACCCACACCAGCAGGAUCUCUGUUACAAAUGUCAUGUUUAUGCAAAAUUUAAACAUUUACUGAAAUAAAAAUGUAUGAGGUGAAAGUCUUUAUGAAGUAAAUAGCUUUGUUUAACCAAGUCUAGGCCUUUUGCAUCUCACAGGCCACACAAAUGACCACAAAAGACUGUGUGGCCCGCAAGCUUUACCAUUCUGAUUGUUUGUUUCGGACUCACCUGAUGAAAUGGCUGGUGUUUGGCAGCCGCCGAGUGCUGAGUAUCAGGCUGAAAAGAGGACGGUUGUGCAAGAAGGUCUAGCUCAGUUUGAUAGGCUGAGAAGGGUCUGGCUGCAGCCGUGCACCGCCAGCCUAUUGAUGACGUCAGUGCACGCUCAGUGCCAUGACAGUGUUUUUGUCGGUUUUAUGAGGAAAACAGCGAACCACGUACUGCUGGGCAGCAAGAGUCACACUGAAUGUAUAUUAACAUUGCCAUAUUGAUAAUAAGGUAAUUAAAUAUAGAAACUUUCAAAAGAAAAUCUACCACGACGAUAAGACAUGAAUGUCUGUUAUUCACAGAUAAAACGGCUACCGCUGAAACUCAUGAAAGCCAGGCUGACAACGGUUUAUCAAAAUUUGUAAUAUUAUCAAAAACUGUAAUAUUGAUUAAAAUAACUUAUUAAAGAUUGUAGGAGGUUGUCAAAGUAGUACAGAUUAUUUUUACUGUCUCGUUAACGUUGUCACAACCUCCUAGUUGUCAGACAACGUUUAUAAUUUAGGAAUUGCAUUGCAAAUGACGUUGAGGGCACCAAAACGUGUGUUUGCAGGGCCAUUAGGAGUAAAACCUGAUGGUUUUUCUUCCCAUCGGGAUUGGCUUGAUGGUUGCUGUUAGCAGCCAUUAGGAAAUGAUCAAACGUAUGUGGAAUCAGUCCCAAAACAUCUGGUGAAACUAUCAGAAUCCUUCACACUGUGGUAUCAACACAUCAGGAAAACACAGAGCACCAUUAGCGACUAGUGAAAACCACCAGGAACCAAUAGACAUUUUUAAUGGGUUCUAUGAUCUUUUUCAUCAGCAAGGUGUGUUAAAUGUAAGUCUAGACGAGUUAUGGACAAAAAAUGGACAAAGUGAUGAUAUCGCUAAGCAGCAGCAGCCAAAAAUCAUCGUGCUGAGAGUGCAUGUGCACAUGACGUCACUGGGGCUGAGAGUGCAUCUGGCUGAGAGUGCAUGUCUGCAGUCAGAAUCUAUUGGGAUAGGUUGUGUACACUCAUGUUUAAUCUUGAAGUAAUGCUGUAAUUUGUUUGGCGUCAAUCCCUCAUUUGAUAAGACAAAAGCACAGAGUGAUAGCUGGUCUUCUUUUAGUUCCAGCACACAAGAAAUCCUCACUGCUGUAUUGUCUUUCUUUCGGUUGUGCUUGGCUUUCCCGGUUUUCUCAUUUUAUGAUACCGACAGCCACUUCAGUUGUAGAUGCUCAAUCUUUGGGAUUCUUUCCUUUUGACUCGAAUUGUUUUACGCCUUAUAUAUGAUGGGUGGAUUCCAUAUAAUCUGAAGUGAAACAUUGUAUCCUGACAGGCACUGAAAAUAUAAACAUAAUUAGCUAGAAUUUUGCCUGAACGAUCAGUAAGCACCACAUAAAUAUGAUGUUUGCAAAUAAUUAUCACAACCAUAUUUCAAUUUAUAUUUGGUUAAAUGUCUACACUUUUGCGAUUUGCCAAUGGCUCCCCUAGGAGUACCACCACUGCCCACAGGUCUAGGGUGAACAGGCUACUCCAGUAAUAUUUAGUUAGGAACUAUUCACAGUAAAACUUGAAUAUAGAAAGUAUAAUUCUGAGCCUUCAAAGAAUUUCAGUAUGUGCUGUUCAACUACUAAAGUAGUUCUGACCCUGAAGUCAAUGUAGCCAAAGGAUUAGCAGUAUUUAAAAGUAAUAAUUUAAAAGUAAGAAUGAAAGUGAAAUUUUCAAUAGAAGGCAAAGUGUCCCCAAACUUUUGGCAGCCAGUGUACAUUCAUCAUUUCAAUCUAGAGCUGGGUGGGCUUUAGUGGAGCACAAGCACAAGUUUCUUCACCCUCAGCUUUAGAUUUAUAAUCGCCAUCACAUAUCAAAAGCACCACCGCCUGCCAUUCGUAAUCGGAGCACGUUUGCAUAUGUGGAAGCACUACUGUAACGUGGCAUCAUUUCCAUUGAGAUGUUGUUGCUAGUGUAGUGUACUUUGUCACUUGAUUCAAGUCAAAGAAUAUGGUUUUAUUUUAUUUUACUGUAUGAUAGUGUUGAUGCAAAUGUAGUAAACUGUCUACAGUCAAGUUAAUAUAGUAAAUGAGACUUGUAUAUUACCGUCAGCCUCUCGCUGUCCCAGUGUCUUUUUCCCCUGCCCUGUCUGCAGUACAUGUUGUUAGGUCUUUGGCAGGUUUGUGUGGCUAACCUAUGCAAUUCUACAGUAGUGCUUCAUAUUACUCGUAGACAUACACCCUGCGGUGUGGCUGAGUAGUUUAGCGUUGCCAGUAGUCCGACCUUUUUGUGUUUUUUGCGGUGUACAACUUGCAUAUUCCAGUCAGCAAGAGAAAAUAAUGAUACCGUAAUGAAAAGAAUCUGAUCAAUACUUGACUGCAGAUGUGGAGACAAGAUGUAUUAUCUAUCAGCGUGUUCCUUCUAUUUUUAUGAGAUGAAACAUGAAUUUCAAAAAGAGUACGAUGGUGAAUAAACAUGUAAAUGUCAAUGGA